AGACCCCAGUGCCCAUCUGCAAAAUUUUUUGUUAAUCGCUCUGCUUCUUCAUUCACACAAAGAUCUUCAGGAUGUGAUGAAGAUACGCGCCGCUUUAUUGACGCUAAUACCGCCGGGCGAACUCAGAAGUUUCGCCCAGUGUAAAUAGAGUACGUCGAUGUCAGCGAAUUUUUGCACGAAGAAGGUGAUUCAAAGUUGUUAGCCUUUACAUUUCUUCUAGCUCCACGUUACCCGCUCGAGCAGAAAUGGUUGUCCCCGCCUCCAACCUUCCCACGCACGCGGGCCCCGUUCCGCCCCCCAAAAACACCAUCGACGAAGAUUUUCGCCAUGCGGAGAGCGGCUGGCGGUUCCGCGCGGUCCAGUCCCCCAUGCUGGAAUCGCAGGUGGCGGAGACUAUCGCGAACGACGCGGGAAUCUGGCCCCACCCCUGCAUGAUAUUCGACACGUUUUUGCAGGUAUAGGAAAUUCUAAUUCAUCCUGAUGUUGGUGGUGUUUAUCUGCAGAACAUGAAAAUCCAAUUUUGAAAAUUUCUGCACGCGUAGUUCUUCGCUGGGGAAAUCGGCUCAUGAUGACUUUUGUUUUCAAUCAUACUUAUGACUCUACAUAUCAAUCACCACAACUUCCAGGUUUACGAUGCUGCCGACAACCUAGUUCUGGACAUCAACACGCGCGACGCCUUACGCGGAACCCGUAUGGAUUUGAGACAGAAACAGGAGAGCACUGGCAGCAAAACAGAAACAACAAAGACAGCUGGUGUUCCUGAGUUAAAAGUUGUCGCGGAGUCCAGCCAUUUGCUUUCCACCAAGGUCGUUUGCCAGCACGCCGAGAAGUGGGGGUCCAGCCGGGAUUUGACCAUGGCGAAACAGAUCGAGACAGACACCGACUGGACUUUCUCUUCCACCUAUUGCCCUACAGUGAUGAAUUUAAAUUCUACGAAAGACUCCGACAGCCCAACCACAACAAACACCUACGAAACCGACGAGUCCCUCCCCCAAUUUUCCGCGAACCAGUCUCUCCUGCCCAUGGCGUUACUGACCCAGCAGCAAAAUAACCCGAUCGAGUUUUUCACCGCGAUUACCUUUUACGAAGACGAAUUGGACGACGAGGGGAGUGCGGCUUUCUCUUUGAAGAUCCGGGUGCACAAGCACUUUUUUUUUCUAUUACUGCAAAACGAGAUCCGGGUGGACAACGUGCUGGCUCGGAAGGUGGAGACGAUAUGGAUUGCAAAAAUGUCUGGGUCUGGAAAAGUGUAAACUUGUCAUGCAGAUUUUCCAUGACCUCUGGAAUGCAGAUGCAUGGGGUCUGGAAUGCGGGACUUAGCAUGACAGAAUCUGCGAGGUCUCUGCCAUGCCUAUCCUGCAUGAGAAACUCCCUUCCAACUUGGUCAAAAGUGGGCAGCUUUUGGCUCUCAUGCAACACAGAUUUUUGCAUGCUUCAGAUUUACCAUGACAAGUUGCCGCCUUCCAGACCCAGACAUUUUUGCAUUUGAUAGACGAGGUAUUUCGGCAAUUUGUGCUUCAUGAACAAGGAAACGGGGAAUAAAUGGAACCGGGGGAUCCGGCUCAUGAUGCCGGAAGGAGUUGUGCGGAAGUCUUCGACAGGUGGACAACUCGGUGAAAAGAACGAGUCGGAAGUUCUUGUUGAGCAAAGUCCAAAUUAUACCGUCGACACCAGCUGCUCGUCUCCGGCGAAGGAGGUUGAACAACAGCACUCUGUGAUGCAACAAGACCGCAUUCUGGAGCCAGGUUCUAUCUUACGCGAGUGGAGCUACAGCGAGGUGUCGUUUCCGCAGCUCCGACAGCGGGGGGACCUGAAUUCCGCGGAGGAGAUGGUUUUUUGCCUGCAGAAAGUGAACGAAAAGGAUUUGAUAUGCAUUGCAAAUAUGUCUGGGUCUGGAAGAAAGCAAACUUGUGACCACGCGCAUUUCACAACACAUAAAAAUCCGUCAUGCAGAGGCAGCAAAAGCUGCCGACUUUCUCUCACCAAAAUGGGGCAUUUGUCAUGCGGAUUCGGCAUUGCGGAAGCUUCUCGAAACCUGUAAUGCUAGGGCU